AACUGCUUGCAUCAAAUUUUGGUGAUAUGCUCGGUGCUGGGUUUUCUCUUUUUGUCUCCAUUUCCACUGUAACCCAUCCCCCUAUUUAACCCGCUUCACCAUUUCAUUAAUUUCCACAUCAUGUUUAAAAUUUUAUCACAACCCAUAUCUUAAAUGUUACAUUACUAGUACAAUGGGUGCUGAGCUUGGCCUUCUCUCCCUAACCCACCUCCAAAAACUGGCUCAAUCUACACAAUCUCAACACCAUCAACCACCACAAAACCCUAGCUCCGCCACCGGCUCGUGGAUGUGGAACCCUAAGCAAAACACCCAAGAAGACAUCGAUGACGAUUCGUGGGAGGUUAGAGCCUUUGCAGAGGACACCAAUCAUGCCAUGGGCACGACUUGGCCUCCCCGGUCUUACACAUGCACCUUUUGUAGGAGGGAGUUUCGGUCCGCCCAAGCCCUAGGCGGUCACAUGAACGUGCACCGCCGCGACAGGGCCAGGCUCCACCAAGCGCCAACCGGUUUGAAUGGUCUCAUCACCUCCUCUUCCAUCGCUUCCUCCUCCACUCUCAUAAUCCCAACUCAAGAAUUGGUUGCCAAUGGUGGACUAUGUCUUUUCUACUCAUUACCAAACCCUAACCCUAAUGGGGUUUACGCUCCUACGCCGUAUCCAACGAUGCCACCUUGCCCGGCAUCCACUAAUUUUCCGGUGACAUCGCCGAGCAUCAAUUCCUCUCUCUGUCACUCUAGCAACACUGAACAUUCAGCAUCCAUCGACAACGAUAAUAACCAAAAUAACAACAGCUCCGCCAUUGAAGAGCUUGACCUAGAGCUCCGGUUAGGUUGCAGUCCAUGACAGUCUUGACAGCAAGAAAAUAAAAAUUGUGAGUUAUUUGUAAUUUG